AUGGACAUGGGACAGGUCUCAUCCAUGGCCGGCCUGGCCAGCCUCACCACGUUCAUCGUUUCCCUGCGACUAUACUCGCGCCAUAUCACCAAACAGCGAUUCUGGUGGGACGACUGGCUGAUGAUUUUUGCUCUCGCUUGCAAUUUGGGCGGCUUGGGGGUUGAUUCUGCCAUGGUGCUCAAAGUGCAAGACGCGUCAAAGGAGGGCGCUCCUCCUCUGUCCGCACCGGAAAUGACCAGAGUCCGCAAAUUGUUGCUGGCCAGCGAUAUGAUGUAUGUGUCGAGUCUGUCGCUAAGCAAGCUCAGCGCGCUGCUCAUGCAGUACCGCAUCUUUGCCGUGGCGCACCAUUUCAAGCGGUGGGUAUGGGCUAUUGGCACGUUUGUGGUUGCUUGGUGGGUGGUUGUUUUUUUUCUGUUGAUUUUUACCUGCUGGCCAGUGGAAAAGAGAUGGGAUGCGUCGAUUCCCGGUAGCUGUCCCAGUCGAGGUUCAGGUUCAAUCGCCAAUUCGGUGGCGAGUAUCGUGGGCGAUGUGAUGCUUUUGAUGCUGCCGAUUCCGCAGAUUUGGAAAUUGCAGCUGCGCCUGACGGAGAAGAUUUUGCUGACGCUGAUAUUCUGCCUGGGUGUUUGUAUCAUCUUCACGUCUGUCGCCCGGCUCAUAGUCUUUGUGCACGACGAGCAGGGCCAAGCCAACAUGUCAUACAGCAUGAUCGGAGUCGUCGGCUGGUCCGACGUGGAAAUGUCCACGGGCAUCAUAUGCGCAUGUCUGCCGACAUUCCGGCCGAUAAUAAUACGGAUAUCAAAAGCUAGGGCACGGCUGUGGGCGCGCAUACGUCGCAAGAAGACGGCCGGAAAGCAAGUCUCGACCAGCACAAGCAACAACAACAGCAGCAGUAGCAAUAGCAAUAGCAGCAACGGCAGCAACAGCAGCGGCACAGUUACUGUACCAUCAGUCUGCCGACACAGUCUUUCGGCCGGCAGUGCUGGCAGUGCUGGCAGCAAGGCUUGCCAUGUCUGCAAUACCACCGCAGUCGACCGGCUGUAUUAUGGGGCAGAUCACGAUUUGUAUAGUAUUCUGUCAAUGGACGACGAGCUGUCGCUGGAGCACACUGGCGACAUGGCCAUGUCGAUUAUGCCGUUCAAGCAUGAAUUGGGGGAGAACGUCGGAACGGCAGUAUAA